CUUACGACUUUAUCCUCUCACUCGUCCUUUUAUUAUCACUUUUCCUAAAAAUUUCACUAAAAAAAUUUCUCGAAAAAUGCAUGCGAUCGAUUUCAAAGAGAUUCAGGAGAAGCUCUCAGAUGGAUUCCGACCUUGGCAACGAUCGUUUCAGUUCUGGGCUCGUGCCACCGAUAUCUACACCGGAUACAAGGUCUUUCAACUUCGAAUGAACUUUGUCAAAGAUGUGACCAAGCACGAGGAAAUGUGGGAGAGACAACAUGAACUUGCUGCUCACAAAAUCUAUUCUAUGUGCUCUGACCUUGGUGGGUUCUUCCUUAAGAUUGCACAAAUUCUAGGGAAACCUGACCUGGCUCCAGCUGCGUGGGUCAGAAAGCUUGUCACUUUGUGUGAUCAAGCUCCUGCCACAUCAUUUGAUGCCGUUCGAGUUGUCCUGGAGAAAGAGUUGGGUAAAAGCAUCGAAGAAGUGUUUGAAACAUUUGAUGCUAAGCCUCUUGGUUCUGCUUCUAUUGCUCAGGUACACCGAGCAAGAGUAAAGGGUGACAAAAGGGAUGUUGUUGUAAAGGUCCAACACCCUGGAGUGGAGAAGUUGAUGAUGAUAGAUAUAAGAAACUUGCAACUAUUUGCAUUAUACAUGCAGAAAACUGAUAUCAAAUUUGACUUGUUCUCCAUAACUAAGGAAAUCGAGAAGCAGAUUGGUUAUGAAUUUGACUUUAAAAGGGAGGCCAAUGCAAUGGAAAAGAUCCGACGUUUUCUUUAUGAGAACAAUAGAAAGAGUCCUGUUCUGGUUCCCAGGGUGCUACGAAAUUUGGUGACCAGGAAGGUUCUGGUUAUGGAUUACAUGAACGGAAUCCCAAUCUUGAGCCUCGGUGAUGAGAUGGCCAAAAGAGGGAUAAAUCCUCAUGGUAAAAUGGCAGAGGCAGCAAAAUUCAAUAUACUUAACAGUUUGUCCCAAGCAUAUGCCCAAAUGAUACUGAAGAGUGGCUUCUUUCAUGCGGAUCCACAUCCUGGGAAUAUCUUGAUUUGUAAAGGUUCAGAGGUUGCACUGCUGGACUAUGGUCAAGUGAAGGAACUCCCUGACCAGCUGAGACUUGGUUAUGCGAAUUUGGUAAUUGCCAUCGCUGAUAACGAUGCCUCAUUGGCUGUACAGAGCUUUAGGGAACUUGGUAUAAAUACCAUGGCAAAGUGUAAGAAUGAGCAACAAGAGCUUCUCCAGUUAGCAAAAACAAUGUUUGACACAGAGAUGCCUCCUGGUACGACAGUUUUGCAACCUUUCUCAGAAGACUCUUCGAUAAAAAAGAUUUCGGUUGAGGCAUUUCCAGAGGAACUAUUCUCAGUUCUUCGCACGGUAGUUCUAUUAAGAGGACUCAGUGUAGGGAUUGGGGUUAAUUACUCAUGCGCACAACACUGGAGAUCUAUGGCAGAAGAGGCUUUGCUUGCAUCUGGAAGACUCCCAACAGGUAGAAGAAAGCAGAAGCAUCGAUUUAGUUCGCUGAGAAGGCUAUACCCAGGGGGAGGAGAUAGUUAAUAAUAAUCACUUCCUCCCAUCCUCAAAAUCUUUUCUUUAUUUCUCUUUCUCAAAGUCUCAAUCAUUACAUUAUCUCCUGGAUACAGAUAAGGCAGCAAGUUGUCUCUUAUCUUAGCUGGUUUGAAAGUUUUGUCAUUUUUACUACAUUAAAGUAAUCUUAGCUUUGAGCACAAGGAGAGUAUUAUUUAGCUUCAAAACU